AUGUGCCCUGAUAUCAACUCUCUUCCACAAUCCCGUUCACCUUCCACCUCUUCAUCCCUCCCCCAUCGUAGCCCAACUGCCUCUUCAGGCACGGCCCCCGCUCCAAUGAACCCCAACACCACUUCCCCUCGUCCCUCCCGCGGAUCCAGUGCGGGCCGACUAUCGGUUUCUGAAAGACGCCGGUCCGCCGCCGGCAUGAAUCUAAACCAGAAUGAGUCGCCUAGCGCCUCGGGAAAUCACGGCGAAGGCCCCUGGCCCGACCAUCGCUCCUCCAUCGGCCAUGCAUUUCGAACCGCCAGCCCCACCAGUCACGGCAGCCCGGUCUUUGCGACAGCGGACCCGCACCACCAGCGAGCACCUUCCCUGGGCGAGCUGCACCAGGAAUUAGAGCAAGAGCAAGAAGCGCAAGUGAAUCGUUUGCUGCAGAUGAUCCGCAGCCAACAGGCCCAACUACAGCAACUCCAGCAACAUCAGCCGGGUGCUAGCACAGCAGUUGUCGAUGAACUGACUCCAUCCGAACGAUCGCCCUCAUUUUCCCUUCCUAUGCCCCCACCGGUGCAGCCAUCCAGCAGUCGCCUGUCAAUCUCCUCGGUCUCCAAUCGCCGAUCUUCACGGCCGCCUAGCCAAGCAACAUCCCCCAGUUUGCAACCGUUAGAUUCUUCGCGAGGACUCGAAAGCACGGAGACAUUCCCACCACUACAGAGCUCAUCGCGCCGUGGAAGCCGAGAUGAAAACGCCUACUACCAGGCCGAGACUGCCAUGUUGAGCCGAGAAAACCAAAUGCUACGACAAAGGAUUCGCGAACUAGAACGACAGAUAGGAGAUCUCACUCUCUCUUCGAGACCAUCGCCUUCCCCAGCUCUCGGAUCGGGCGAAACAUCGGGGCAAGAGGGGGCCGAAACGGCGGACCCACCUAUUGUGGGAUCGACAGAGGGAAAAGAUUGA